GGGAUGUGCUAAUCUCUCUCACACACACUCUCCCUCCUCUCACGCCCUUCCUCAACACACACAAACACACAGUUUGUUUUUCAGUGCGUCAGAAAUGUUGCUGGUGGAAGUUCCGUCCCUGCUGCUCCUCUGUCUCUCUGCAGCUGCAGGUCAGCAGGGGACAACAGUGAAGCCUGGAGAGGAUGCCACUCUUCAGUGUCACUGUCCCAGUGAUGCUGCCGUCACGGUGUUAGAGUGGGUCAGACUGGAACAGAAGUCAUAUGGUUACGUGUUCUUCUACCGGAACAACCGGUUGUAUGAAGAUUACCAGCAUCCGUCUUUUCGAGGUCGAGUGGAGCUGAGAGAUCGAGAGAUGAAGGGCGGAGACGUGUCUGUGACUCUGAAGAACGUCACCGUCAAUGAUACUGGAACGUACAAGUGUCAAAUUAUCAGCAGCAAAACAGAGAAUGGCCAAAGAACAACCACUGAGUUCAGCGACCACGUCAGCCUGACUGUCACAGACUCAGGUCCCUCAGCUCCACUGGCUGAAGGAAACAAGGAUGAAGGAGACAAGGAUGAAGGAGACAAGGAUGAAGGAGACAAUGGUGGAGGAAACGAGGAUGGGAGAAAGAUUCAGGAACUUGUUGGACGCUUGGCUCAUAGGACAUUUAGCAUAUUACCUCUUAUUGGUGUUGUCGUCUUUAUCGGUUAUAAGUUGAUGAAAAAACACACGUGUGUCAACAACUAUCUAGUAGCACCCAUAUUCACAAAUCACAAUUUGUCUCAUUGUGUGUGAGACGGCUGUGAAAAGGUGUGUUGUUUACAGGGCAGUAACCUGCCACACUGCUGCUGACAGGACCAGGCCUGAGAGAGAGGAGUAAUGUUUUAUGUACCUUAUAUUUUCAUGUGAAUAUGUUGUAUAUCAGUAUUCUGGUCUGUGAACCCCCCUGUCCAAUGUGGUACGUGCUGCUCAGGAACCUGUCUCUCUGUCUCCAUUUGAAGCUGAAGGAGACAGUGUCAUUCCAACGUUUAAUUCAUGUUACUGUGACUACUUUCUGAAAGAGCAAUAUAAGUGAGCUGUAAUGUGUAAAGUGCAAGUCUGUACUGUAAGGAGUGUUAGUGGCAUUAUGGGAGAUGUAGUUUUCUUGUGGGAUUUGUAUAGAACGAAUGUGAAGUGCAUUGUUACUUUUCCAGUGGUGGGAAGUAACGAAGUACAAAUAUUUCGUUACUGUACUUAAGUAGAUUUUUUCACAUAUCUGUACUUUACUUGAACUGUACUUUUCUGUACUAUAUCUACUGUUUGCCGUCAGGGGCCUGCCUUG